GGCUGCACCAGCCAUUGAGUUAUGUUAUUACAAUCGGUGAUUGACUCCCACACUCACAAAUGGGUCAUGUUACUACGGUAGACCAUCGGACGAGCAAACCAAUUGCUCCCUGAAGCCCACGUGGGGAUUCCCGCAGACCAGAGAGGCUCUGCCUUGCAUUUGGUUGGGUAGACGCUGGAGGAUGGUCUCUGUGGGUCGCUGCAUAUCCAAUACUCUAUACUUAUCUGUGAACCUAGCGUCAGUAGACACCUCUCAAAGAGAAGUCUGACCACCUGAACAUGAAGUGUGACCCUCCUUCGGAACCCUUAAAAGACUGAAAGAAAUCCGACACUUAGCGGUCCAACACGGUACUCGGCAGGCUAAGCCUAAUCGGUCUCCAAAUCCCACCCAUCAACGAAGCAUUUAGUGACGUUAACUCCGUUAUUAUUUUUACGCUCACUUCAUCGAACCUUUCAGGUCGCGUGUCUGCCUCCUACUCUAUGUCCAAGAUCUCUAGUAAAGGUUGAACAUCUUUCUUGUCGCCCGGUCGGGGCUUUUCUUGCCAAUGCUUCCAUUUUUGCUUCUCACGACUAUCUCUACUGUGAUCGGCAGUCCUAUAUCAGAUCAACAACCUUUGGGCGACCGGCUUUGGAAUUCCAAUGGGGGUCUUUACAGCGUCGAUGGUCCCGCGGGGUCCUCCUCCCCCCGCGGACUUACCGGUCGCUUUCUUCAUAUAACAGAUCUACAUCCAGACUCGCACUACAAGGCUAGAACGUCCGUGGAGGAGGAUGACGCAUGCCAUCGGGGCAAAGGCUCCGCGGGGUAUUUCGGAUCAGAAAGGAGUGGAUGCGAUUCCCCUUUCACCCUCAUAAACGAAACUUUCGGCUGGAUAGAGAAGAACCUGAAAGGCCAUGUCGACUUUGUCAUCUGGACUGGAGAUUCUGCUCGUCAUGAUAAUGAUGAAAAAAUACCACGAACGGAGGAUGAGGUGUCUGCCUUGAACAAGAUUAUUGCCGACAAGUUUAUUGACACUUUCAGAGAGGGUUCAUUUAAUGCCCCUUCUAUACCGAUUGUUCCUACACUGGGAAACAACGACAUCAUGCCGCACAAUAUCUUCAAGGAUGGCCCAAACCGAUGGACUAAAGAGUUUGUCGAUAUAUGGGCAAAGUUCAUCCCCGAGCAUCAGCGUCACACUUUUGUGGAGGGCGGGUGGUUUACGUCAGAGGUAAUUCCUAACAAGCUGGCGAUAAUUAGUUUAAACACGAUGUAUUUCUAUGACUCCAACUCUGCGGUCGAUGGCUGUAACGCCAAAUCAGAGCCUGGUUAUGAACAUAUGGAAUGGUUACGUGUGCAACUUAAGUUGUUGCGAUUACGCAACAUGAAAGCGAUUCUGAUCGGGCAUGUGCCGCCGGCGAGAUCUGGAUCCAAGCGGAGCUGGGAUGAGACGUGCUGGCAGAAGUAUACUCUCUGGGUCCAUCAGUACCGCGAUAUCAUUGUUGGUGCUGCCUACGGGCAUAUGAACAUCGACCAUUUUAUGCUCCAGGACAGCCGUGAAGUGGACAUCCUUGAUGCUAGCAAGAACCCAGUAUCAUAUGUUGGACAUGAUGACACACCUGGCGAUAUUUCGGUUCAGUCCCGCGCAAGUUAUCUUGCUAGUCUAAGGGAAGAUUGGUCCAAAAUGCCGUCCCCGCCCCAUGGUUUUUUGGGCAUUCUGCAUGACUUGAUUGAGGAUGACUCGAUGGAAUCUGUUCAAGACGUUGAUUAUGAGGUCUUGUUGUCAAAGAAGAAAAAGCGCAAAUUUUUCAAGAAAAUCGGUGGUCCAUGGGCUGAGCGGUACAGCGUAUCUUUGGUAUCUCCUAGCCUCGUACCCAGUUACUUCCCAACGCUUCGGAUUGUUGAGUAUAAUAUCUCCGGACUGGCUGAUGCUACGAUAUGGGCCGAGAGUUUGGAUCAAGGUGCUUUGCCUUUUUCCGAGAUGACCGAUGACGACACGUCCACUGAGAAAAAGAAGAAGAAAAAAAAGAAGCGACCCCACUUCAAAGUUCCAGAACCUCCAUCGCCUUCUGCUCCGCCGGGGCCGGCGUAUUCCAACCAGCCGCUCACAUGGCUGGGGUAUACUCAAUAUUUUGCCAAUCUAACAAAGAUUAACGAGGGUUAUGAAGCGAAUCAGGACGAGGGUGCCUUUGCCUUUGAGGUUGAAUAUGAUACUAGCAAAGAUCUCAUUUAUAGGAUGAAAGAUCUUACCGUGCGCAGCUUCUUCAAGUUGGCCACCCGAAUUGCGAAGGAUACUUCAGAAGAGAGCGAUCUUCUAGCGGAUUGCACGAAUGACGAUGAUCAACUUGCUAGCGAGACCAACACACUCGAUAAUAAUGAUGAUGAUGACUUCGAGCCCCAAAAGAAAAGAAAGAAAUUCCGGAACAAGAUCUGGCUGACGUUCUUAGAACGUGCCUUUGUAGGGCUUCUGGGUAGUGACGACCUUGAUGACGUAUCAGAAUGAUUUAGUUAUAUAUUUUUAUAUGGAUGAGUGAGCAGAAAGAAUAUAUAAUCGGCCGACAAGAAUGUAUCUAUCUUUUAAUCAGCCGUUUGCUUUCUGUACAGCU